AUGGUAUCGAAGCGUAAGAAUAAGGAAUACUACGCAGUAUUCAAAGGGCGUGUCGACGAGCCUACGAUAUUUUCGUCAUGGGGAGAUGCUCAUCCUCGUGUGACUGGAUGCCACGCUAAAUUCAAAGGCUUUGAUACGAUUGACAAGGCUCGGUUGUAUUUGAAAGGGCUAGGUGCGAGCGAACACAAGGAGGUUAUCAAGAACGGAAACAUUCCAACCACACCGGAAUGGAACAGUGAAGCAUUCUACGCUGUUGCAUAUGGUUCAAAGCCAGGUAUUCAUGCGUACUGGUAUGGUGAGGGUGGGGCGAAGGAACAGACUGAUAGCUUGAAAGGCGCUUGUCAUAAACAUUUUAGAACUAAAGAUCAAGCAGAGGCUUUCGUUGAAGACUGGAAGCAGUCCUUUUCCGAAGUAUGGCAGAAUAUAAUCAAGGAAGCACUGGACCAAGGUCUGCAGUCAGAAGAUCUGAAAUUACGACUUGAUAGUAUAUUGCACAAGCCGGACAAUUUAACAGAAGAUGAGGACCUCGUCAAGUGUGAUCAUAAGCGACCGGUCUGUUCAGGAUGUGAGAAAUUUGGUGGGGAGUGCGUCUGGCCAGAGAGGAAGAAGACCUCAAGGCGGGGGGAGAAAAAGCUUUUUGAGAACAUCGUCACAAGGCUGGCGCAGAUGGAGCGCUUAGUAGAAGAGCUCCAGGAGCCGAAGCAGCCGGCCCCAGCAAAAGAGUCCAAAAAGAAUCAACCACUUUUGACGCCAGAAGAAUCAACGUCCAGUACCAAACCCUCUCAGCCAGGUCGUGCGGCUCUCGCCGCCGCUCUCGCUACCACUUCUACUCAAACCUCACCGGCUCUUCCGCCCUCGCCGGCUGCAAGUUCGCCGAGGACGACAAAGGCGUACUAUUCCGGAGCAGCCGCCUCUGAAGACGCUGUCGGAACCGCCGGCUCAUGUUCACUCUUCUCUAACGAGGGGAUCGCCAAGAUCGACGCAUUGGUUGGUGACACGCGCUUCUCAGACGCGGUGCGGAGUCUUUUGCAACGGGUACAGGCCGUUGCGCCCCAAAAAAGCCUCGACUUCGCUUCGUCUAUCAAGGAUUACCCUUUUCCGCCGAACGAUGUCAUCAUAUCGUGCAUGAAUGAAUUCUUUCAACAUCUGAAUUCUGGGGUGAGGCUUCUGCAAGAGUCCAAAGUUCGUGCGGCAGUUCAGGCAUACAUGUAUGGCCAGCCGUUCGACGAGCCAGGAUGGAAACUAGCACUGAACGCCAUCCUCGCGCACACGCUCAAGAAGCGUGACUGGACCUGCGGCUCCCGCGAGUACGAGCAUUACCUCAACAAUGCGCUGGCUUUGAUCCCCGAAGCGAUACUUCGGCCGCCAAAUCCCACGACAAUAGGAGCCCUCCUCUUAAUAGCUCUCCACUUCGUCUUCUCCGCCGAGAAUCACAUCGCAAUCUCUAUCCUCGCUCUUGCAACACAAUUUAUCCUUCUAGCAGGUUACCACAACCCGGACCACCCCAUCAAGGCUACAGCACCGCCCGACGAGUACAUGCACCGACGCCGCCUAUUCUGGCAGGCCUACGUGCUGGACCAUGACCUCAUGCUACGCAUCGGCAAGCCCCCUCUCAUCAGCGACGACUUCCUCGUCGAACUACCAGAAGAAUACCCGUUGGACGGGUAUGGGGUGUACUACUUCCCCGGCAACGUCGCGCUCAGCUACUUUCACCAGCAGGUCCGGCUGUCCCAGAUCCAAGGUCAUAUUUACUCCAAGCUCUACUCUCAGGGCGGAAGUAUCACGUCAGCUGCUGCCUUGGAGUUUGAGAUUGGACUGCUUGACGCCGAGUUGCAGGAGUGGCGCGAGGGCAUACCGGAACUGAUCCGGCCCGAGCCGUCGAUGGGAUUGUUGGAUGAUGAACAUGCCAGGCAGAUGACCUUGAGCGUGUUGCACUUCAUGUAUUUCCAGAUGGUCGUCGCCAUUCAUUCCGCGGCCUUCAGGCUGCCGCUGCUUGACGAGGACGAGGACGGAAUACAGCCGAGCGUGGCACUGUGCGUUAACGCAGCGAGGGCGGCGAUCUCGUUGUUGAAAUAUCAGCGCCUGCAGCAUCCAUUCACCAUCUAUCUGUUAUAUCAAGUCGUUUGGAGCAUUGAUAUCCUUUUCGUCAACAUCCUCGAGCACAAGACGUCUGCCACGUCACUGCACGAUCUUGAACUGAUCAGAAUGGUUCUUAAUUUUUUCGAGAGUUACGAUCCCAACCACCAGAACGUGGCUGUGUACCACAUCGUCAAAGCUCUGUAUGAAGUCGCCUCCUCUGUGGUGUUGGGUCCGUCGGGGGCUUACAGUCAGGGUUCAUCGCCGGCAACGACCACGAUUUCAUGCCCGCAGGCCUUGGCUGCGGAAAUUGGUUUAAACAGUGACACGGGCACCGCACCGGCCACUUUGCCCAUUUCCAUGUUGGAUGUGGGAGGCGAAUGGGCCAACCUAUCACUCGGCGGCCACGACUGGCUGUCUGCGGGAUACUUGCAGAUGAGAGAUUGGAGUCUACCGCUUAACCCACAGCUCCCACUGGGAAAUUUUGAGGAUCCUGACGGAUUCAGGGGGAACCAAGGCUGA